CCUUCAGCUCCAUCCACUGUCACACUGGUAUUAGAUGUGAUGAAGAAAAAGAGUCACAUUCUGGUUUUGUUUUCCAUUGUCAUACUGAUUUCUCUCACCAUGCUUUAUAAUCUCUCCGGCCCUACCCGUCCCCAUGCAGAUUCCCGCCAAGCUGCAUUGUUUACCAGAGAGAGACAGCUUCUGUAUCGACCCACAGACCACAUUUUUGCUACUUUCUCCAAUUCCAGGCUUAAAACUGCCUAUUCAGUUCUACAAACAUGGAAGCGGAUAGCUAUGAUAUCCGAUCCUUUGGGUGUAACUUCCAACUGGGUGGGACCUAAUGUCUGCAACUACACCGGAAUCUUUUGUGCUUGGGCCAUCGACGACUCCUCUGUAGAAACUGUUGCUGGCAUUGAUAUCAACCAUGGGGACAUUGCGGGGUACCUUCCCGAAGAGCUUGGAUUACUUACUGAUAUAGCGUUGAUUCAUCUUAACUCCAACCGCUUCUGUGGCGGAGUUCCCAGGAGUUUGGAGAAACUGAGGUUGCUUUACGAGCUCGAUCUCAGCAAUAAUCGGUUCGCCGGCAAGUUUCCUGUGGUUGUUCUCCAGCUGCCGAGCCUCAAGUAUCUUGAUCUCAGGUUCAAUGAGUUUGAAGGUAAGGUACCAGAAGCCCUAUUCGACAAACAUCUCGAUGCCAUCUUCUUGAACGACAACAGAUUCGCUUCAGAGUUACCGGAAAACAUCGGGAACUCUCCGGUCUCUGUUAUCGUCCUGGCCAACAACAGGUUCCGUGGAUGCUUUCCGGAGAGCUUAGGCAACAUGUCCAAGACCCUAAACGAAAUAGUUCUAAGAAACAACGGUUUGCAGACAUGUUUUCCUAAGGAGGUUGGGUUGCUGAAAAACGUAACAGUAUUUGAUGUGAGUUAUAACCAGAUCACCGGAGAAUUACCGGAUUCCAUCGAAAAAAUGGAGAGCUUGGAAGUGCUAGGAGUGGAGCACAAUAUGUUAUCGGGGACGAUUCCUGAGAAAGUGUGUCUACUUCCAAAUCUGCUGAAUUUUAGUUUCGCUGAAAAUUUUUUCACGGGGGAGUCUCCGGCUUGCUUGGACUUUGAGGGGGGAAGGAACUGUUUGAGAGGUAGGCCAAUGCAGAGGUCACGAUUGGAGUGUAAGGUGUUUUUGUCUAGGCCUGUUGAUUGUGGAGCCUUCAAAUGUAAACCAUUUGUUCCUCCUCAGCCUAUUCUGCCACCGCCGCCACUGCCUCCGGUUCCCGGCUGUCGUACUCCACCACCGCCGCCUCCAUUUUAUUCACCACCAACCCCUCCACCUAGCCCGCAUUAUUAUUCACCACCACCACCUUCACCCUCACAUUCACAUCCUCCUCCUCCUCCAUCAGUCUACUCCCCACCUCCGCCACCACCAAAUUCACUACCGCCUCUACCUCCAUGUGCACAACCACCACCCCCGCCUCCACCUCCACCUCCAUCUCCUCCACCCUGCAAUGACCAAUCACCUCCGCCAUCCCUACCACCACCAACUACAUUUCCACAACUCAAAGAAGUGAACUAUGCUUCUCCUCUGCCACCACCGUUCUACUGAUUUUGUAACACAGAUUUCAUCGUUGACCCUUUCUUCAUGGGUUAUUCAUCCACGCCAAAAGAAGAUCAUAGAACAAGAUGCAAAGAAAUCAAUUUUUUUUUCCAUGUGGAUGUGGGACUAAAGAAAAAAAGAGAAUUUUAGCAGGGGAAGCGAGGAUAAGAAGCAGGAUAGAGAAAGUAGGUUGCUUGCAGUGAAAUUAAUGUAAUUACAUGCAGAGAUGAGAUUUAUUUUAUCUAUGUUGCUUCAAUUAUGAUUUUAUUUGCAAUUAGAAUGGUAAAGAAUAAGAAGUACGCACUGUUUGCAGAGACAUAUCAGUUAAAAUCAUCUUUCCCAUUUAUAUUUGGGAGGUUUACCUUUUUUUUCUGAUUAAGUACUGCUAAGUGUACUUAUAUCACCUUCAGUUAUGUGCC